GCACCGCCGCUCCCCGGCCAGAGGGGAAUGGUGCCGGGGGGCUGCGUGCGGGAGUUCGUCUUCCUGCUUUUUAGCUUGUCUCUUGUCUGGCGAGUGUUGUGAGGGUGGUGUUGGGGCUGAAAGCGUGGCUUGAGGGAAAGGGAAGCGUCCUUAAUGCUGCGGGUGUUGGGUAGCACCUGAAGGUGUGGCUGUGGGCCUGAGGGGGCCCUUCGCACCUGCUCCCUCUUCUGCCUCAGCUCACCGAGCUCUGUCCCGCCAUGGAGAAAUAUGAGGUGCUGGAGCAGCUUCAGCCUGGGGCACUGGGCUCUAUGCUGGUGGUUGCAUUGAAAACAGAAGAGGGUGUGGAGAAGAAAUACAUAAUAAAGCAGGUUGAGUGCAUUGAUGAGACGCAGGCAAAUGAGGCCUUGAAGGAGGCAGUGGAUCUGCUCCAACUUCAGCACUCCAACAUCUGUGCUUACAAGGAGUUGUUUGUGACUUGGGAUAGUGAGAUAUCAUCUGUGUUCCUUUGUCUGGUAAUGCAGCACUCAGGCCAAGGAGAUCUUUCAGCUGUAAUUGAGGAAAAAAGGCAGAAGGCAGAAAAAAUAACAGACAUGGUGGUUAUGAAGUUCCUGGGACAGAUGGUGGAUGCUUUGUUUUAUAUCCACAAACAGAACAUUUUCCACAGAAAUCUCAAGCCAUCCAACAUCCUUGUGACUGGAGAAGCAUCCUUCAUGCUCAGUGACUUCAGCACAGCAGCACUUAUGAGAGAUGAGAUGAAAUGGAAGAGAAGAGUGGAAGAAAACAGCAAGGCCUGGAUGGCUCCAGAAACCUUCCUCUUUUCUUUUACUGAGAAAUCUGACAUCUGGUCCCUAGGUUGUGUUCUGCUUGACAUGAUGACCUGCUUGCUUCUGAAUGCAGAAGAGAUAACCUCCCUGCUGCAGGCUAUCAGAGAGGAUCCUGGCCGCCUUGAGGGGGUUCUGACACUAAUGCAGGAGGCAGACAGCAGCUCUGUGCCUUUACUGCCAGUUUUAAGCAAGAUGCUGCAGGUUGAGCCCAGCAUGAGACCCACAGCAGAGGAGCUGACUGAUGUCCCAUUCAUCAGGAAAUGUUUGACUGUGGCUGAGGCCACCUCAGUAAAGCUGAAAAGGACUUUGCCUCCUGCAGUGAUAGAUAUGCUCCUUCAGGGAGGAGUUGAAAGUGUUCUAGAAUUCAUGCAGUUUUUCCAGGAUGUAGAAGCAGCACAGGUUAAAGCCAUCCAGCACCUUGCCAGCCUUGGGAGAGAUGGAAGUGCCUUGCCCUGCCUGCUGACAGUGGUAGAACUGACCACUUGUGCUAUGAGGACUCACCUGGAUUCUCUGCAGUUACAAGUAGAUGGCUGCAGGUUGCUGCUUCAGCUUCUUAGUCAAGCUCUGGAACAGGAUGUGGUGGUGCCCCUGGAUGAGAAUGUGACCAGCUCCCUGGUAGAGACAGUGAGAAAACACUCUCACAACCAGGAGUUCAUCUCAUUGGCCUGCAGGUUGUUGAUGUUGAUUGCAACCAGUGAAACUGCUGCAGAGAAUCUCUGGAAAGUUGGAGUCAUUCCAGACCUGCUGUCAGUUGUAAGAUGUUUCCUUCCCAACGGCAACAUUUGCCUCUCUUGCUGUGGAGUGCUCUGGAGCCUGGCUGUGAGCGCAGAGAGUGCAGACCAAGCGCUGCUGAGAAGUGCUGUGCCUGUGACCGCUGCAGUCCUGCAAGAGCACCUCCAGAACGGCGCAGUGGCAGAGUCUGCUUGCUCUGCCCUAUGGGCAUUGUCACUCCGAGGUUGCUUAAGUGAAGAUGAGUUUGAGCCCACAACUGUGCUUCUGUUGGAUGCACUCAGAGAGAACCCAGGAAGAGCAGUGCUGGUGAAGAAUGUCUGCCUGGCCUUAGCAAGCCUUCUAAGGCUGUCUGAGAUACCAGCUCUGAGAUUGGUAACUGAUUCAAAUGGUAGUGGAAUAAACCUGCUCACAGACACCUGCCACCUGCACUUCCAUGAUCCACAAGUGGUGGAAACUAUCUGCAUGCUGAUGAAUGAGAUGGUUCAGUAUGAUGAUGUUCUGCUGGAGAUGCUGUCCCUGAACAUGGAAGAACUGCUGUCUGACAUAAAGAGCCACUUCCCUUCUAGCAUGGAGAUAAGGAGCCUUGUGGAUGCAACACUCUUGAAACUGCAGAAGUAUAAAUGAAAACCUUUUUGUACAAGAACAGGACUUGUCCACUUCUGGUUCAGACAGAGAAGUUUGGAUCCUCCAAAUAGGUUGGCAAAAGCUUUUUCUCUUCAGAAACUUUCACACUGGGCCAUUAGUAAUGGAUAAACAGCUCUAAACUGGGAGGGUUUGGGUACCACGACAGAGAUUAACAGCAAUAAUGAGGAGUUUGCCUUACUUUGAGACUUUAUACUUUCAAGAUUUGAGUCCUGGCAGGUUUUUUUUUCCCCUUUCAUCUACUGUGUUUUUUUAAACAACCCUUUCCCAGUCCAUUUCCUUUGCAGAAACCAAACUGAAGCACUUCACAUGUGCAGGUUUUUGUUACAAAUGUUGUUUAAACACAGUAGCAGGCAUUGGGUUGUGGGUCCCAUUCAGAGAGGGGACACUGGCAGCAUUCACUUAGCAGGUCAGAAGCAUUAUCUUGACUGAUUUUAUCAAGCAGCUGCUGUUAGUUCUUGGUUAUCUCUAAAUGUGCCCUAGAAUGUGGCAGGAAACCAGCAAAUGCUGCAGAUAAAAAGCAUUCAGGUUUUAGGUUUCUUGUUGUUAGGUUUGUUCUUGAUAGCAGCUUCCCAUUUCUUUUUCUCCAAGGUGUAGAGUCUCAUAGCUGCUUGUGCAUCCUGAAUCUGAGAGAGAACAGAACAGGAGGCUUAAUGAAAUGUAGCUGCCAUGCUUGAAGUGUUAAUAAACAGCAAAAUCUUCCUUCCUUUC